GGUAAUUCUAAAUAAUUUUUACAAUUUUAUAUAUAUAUAUAUAUAUAUAUAUAUAUAUAUAUGCGGCUGAAGAAAUUCGCUCCGACCCACAGCACUGCCAGAAGUUUCUCGGCGAAAAUGGCUGCAGAUUCUCCCGCCCAGCCCAUCCACACUCUAAAUCUCCCGACACAAGUCGAUCGGCCAGUCUCCGUCGCCGCUGCUCCGGGCCUCUCCGAUACCCUAUUCAAGAAUGCCAUUGAAUCCUCUUUAUUCAAGAAGUGGCUGGAAAACAUACAGACAGAAACAGGGUUGCUGGCUAAUGGAUCAAUGUCUUUGACACAAAUUCUGAUUCAGGGGGUAGACAUGUUUGGCAAGCGUGUUGGGUUUCUCAAGUUCAAAGCGGAUGUCAUCGAUAAGGAGACUGGACUAGCAGUUCCUGGUAUUGUAUUUGCACGAGGACCGGCUGUUGCAGUGCUAAUCAUUUUGGAGUCUGAGGGUGUGCGAUAUGCUGUGCUAACCGAGCAGGUCAGGGUCCCAGUUGGGAGGCUAAUUCUUGAAUUACCAGCUGGGAUGCUAGAUGAAGACAAUGGUGACUUUGGGGGAACCGCAGUUCGAGAGGUUGAAGAAGAGACUGGAAUAAAGUUGAAUGUGAGGGACAUGAUUGACCUUACAGCCCUUCUCGACCCGUCCACUGGCGGCAGAGUCUUCCCUUCCCCUGGUGGCUGUGAUGAAGAGAUUAGUCUGUUUCUGUACAGAGGAAAGAUGAGCAAAGAGGAAAUGAGGAAUUUACAUGGGAAAGAAACGGGUCUUCGAGAUCACGGCGAGCUAAUCAAGGUGCAUUUAGUUCCGUAUGAUAGACUGUGGCGUGCCACUGCCGAUGCGAAAACUCUAAGUGCUAUUGCCCUAUAUGAGAUGGCCAAAAGGGAAGGAUUGCUUCCGGCUUUUGAUUUGACAAGUUAGAAAUGUUCUUUUGCUUGUUCUGUUAUGGCACUUGGAAUGU